AUGUUCCCCCUGGCUCAGUUCGGGGUGCUGUCGGCCCUGGCCACCGCGCUCACCUCGGUGCUGUCCGCGCUCCUGCUGCUGGCGCUGACCCGGCAGCUGUGGAGCCUCCGCUGGAGCCUGACCCGGGACAAGGAGAGCAGCCUGCCGCUGCCGAGGGGCUCCAUGGGCUGGCCGCUGGUCGGGGAGACUUUCCACUGGCUGUUCCAGGGGUCCAACUUCCACAUCUCACGCAGAGAGCGUCACGGCAACGUGUUUAAGACCCACCUUCUCGGGAAGCCCGUCAUCCGGGUGACAGGUGCAGAAAACAUCCGCAAGAUCCUGCUGGGCGAGCACAGCCUGGUGUGCACCCAGUGGCCCCAGAGCACCCGCAUCAUCCUGGGACCCAACACCCUGGUCAACUCCAUCGGGGACCUGCACAAGAGGAAGAGAAAAAUCCUGGCUAAAGUGUUUAGCCGGGGGGCUCUGGAGUCCUACCUGCCCCGGCUGCAGGAUGUCGUCAAGUCUGAAAUUGCCAAGUGGUGCUCGGCGCCGGGCGCCAUCGACGUUUACAGCGCCGCCAGGUCCCUGACAUUCCGCAUCGCCGUCAGGGUUCUGCUGGGCCUGCAGCUGGAGGAGGAGCGGAUCGGUUACCUGGCGCAGAUCUUCGAGCAGCUGAUGAACAACCUUUUUUCGCUCCCCAUAGACGCUCCGCUCAGUGGCCUUCGCAAGGGAAUAAAAGCCAGAGAAAUCUUGCACGCCAACAUGGAGAAAAUCAUUGAGGAAAAGAUGGAGCGGCAGCAGGCGGAGGACGAAUAUCAUGAUGCCUUCGACUACAUGCUGUCCAGCGCCAAAGAGCACGGCCAGCAGCUCAGCAUCCAGGAGCUUAAGGAGACAGCAGUAGAGCUGAUCUUCGCUGCUCACUCCACCACAGCCAGCGCCUCCACAUCGCUGGUUCUGCAGCUUCUGCGUCACCCGGCGGUGGUGGAGAGGGCCAGAAUCGAGCUGGAGGCAGAGGGCCUUGGCUACGAACCCCAUGGCAGUCACAGCCCAUCUGGUGUCACCAUGGAGAAAGAGGCGGAUGCUGCCGUCACAGAGACAACCUGCCUGUUGAACGAAGGGUGUCAGAAUCGAAGUGACAACGAUGGUUUCCCACAGUCCCAGUCACAUGUACCGUAUCUGAGCCUCGACAAGCUGAGCCAGCUCCGCUACGUCGACUGUGUUGUCAAAGAGGUGCUCCGCUUCCUGCCGCCAGUCUCUGGUGGUUACCGGACAGCCCUGCAGACGUUUGAGUUAGACGGCUACCAGAUCCCCAAAGGCUGGAGUGUAAUGUACAGCAUCCGGGACACCCACGAGACCGCAGCAGUCUUUCAGAGUCCAGAGCUGUUCGACCCGGACCGGUUCGGUCCAGACCGGGAGGAAAGCAGGUCGGCUCGGUUCAGCUACGUGCCGUUCGGAGGCGGUGUGCGGAGCUGUGUAGGGAAAGAACUGGCACAGAUCAUCCUAAAGACUCUAUCUGUGGAGCUGAUCGGGACUUGCAAAUGGACUCUGGCCACAGAGAACUUUCCUAAGAUGCAGACAGUACCAAUAGUGCACCCGGUAAACGGGCUGCAUGUGCAUUUCACUUACAACUACCCGCUUUAG